AUGCCGCCCACGCUCAUCCUGAUCCGUCACGCCCAGGCGGAACACAAUGUUUCCAAUAACAUUCCUGACCCUGAGCUGACGCCACUCGGAAAGGAGCAAGCCGCCGCGCUCUCUGCCCACUUGCAGAAACGCCUGCCGGGCUCACUCGAUCCUGAACUCAUCAUCGUCAGCCCUUUUCGCCGAUGCCUGCAGACGGCUACUAUUGCCUUUGACUGGUUGAUCGACGCAGAGUCUGGGAGGUCAAAGGUGCCUAUGGUGGCCAACGCUAGCUGGCAAGAAAACGCAGACAAACCUUGCGACACGGGAACUGACCCGACCCUCGUGGCCCCCAACUUCCCCCACAUCGACUUCAGCACCCUGGACCCCGUAUACCCGGAUAAGACGUCCCCCGCGGCGUCGCUGUACCACUACACGCGCGAGGCCCUUCUCGGCCGCGCCCAGUCCUGCCUCAAAGAGCUGCGAUCCCGGCCAGAGCGCGUCAUCGCCGUCGUCUCCCACUCGGCCUUUAUGCGCCAGGCCGUCACGGGCUGCUGGUACAUGAACGCCGACUACCGCAUCUUUGACUUUGCAGAUGCAGAGGGUGAUGAUUCGGCUCCGUUGAGGCUGGUUCAGUGGGACGAGACCAAGGCCGGUGGCAUGGGCCGGAGCUUGGAGGUCGGGGUCGAGCUGGGAGAGGGCUUGCCCGAGACGCUGAGCGAUGCUGUGCCCGCUGAGGAUAAAAAGUUGCCUGAGUGA